AUGACAGCUCCCAAGCCUGAGAUUGUCCAUCUUGAAAGCGGAGCCUCUGUUGCAGAUGAAUUCGCAGGACCAUCGGAUCCCAAACUCGCAAUGAUGAAGAGCUCUGUAGCGGAUGAUGCUCUCCAGAUGGCUAUCGAUAGCCAAGGGGAGACUUGGACCGAGGAGGAAGAGCGUGCUGUUGUGAGGAAAAUCGACCUGGUGAUUCUGCCGCUGCUCUUCCUUGGAUCACUUGUUGGCUACGCAGACAGCCAAGCCUAUGGCUUUGCCGCUCUGUUCGGCCUGGUCGAGGAUCUCGGCUUGUUUAUCGCCAAGGUAGUUGACGGAAAGAUAGUGCUGGACACUACCAAAUAUCAGCUAUCUGCGGGAAUGACAUCCCUAGGUGGAGCAGCAGGGCAAUACCUUCUUCUAUUACCGGCUCAGCUUCUUCCAUCAGGGGUCGUUUAUGGUCUUAUUCAGUUUUACAUUGGCACCUUGGCGCUUUUGACCAUCGUCUGCAAAGAUACCGCUCAGAUCAUGGCGUUGAGGUGGAAAACAGCUGAGCAGCCCCUCCGGAUUGGCGUCAUUAUUGCCGGAAAUGCUGUCGGUUCGCUAGUAGGAAAUGGUGUCGAUUUUGGGGCGUUAAACAUUGCAGGGACUUUUGCUGCUAGCCGUUGGAAGUGGAUCUACGUGAUUUUAGGAUCGUGUGCGUUAUUCUCUGGUAUCUUGAUCAUUCUGGCUUUACCCGCAACUCCAAUGAAAGCAUGGUUUCUCUCGCCUCGGGAGAGACUCAUUGCAGUGAGCCGUCUCAUGAAGAACCAGACCGGCAUUCAUACCCGAAAGUUCAAACUGCGUCAAGGAUUAUCUACCUUUCUCGAUCCCCAGGUAUAUCUACUGUGCAUCUUCUCGUUUACCUUUUCUUUCUCAAAUGUCGCCGUUUCGAGCUUCGGCGGGUUUCUCGUUACAUCCUUUGGUUACUCUCAGCGUCGAGCUUUAGUGCUCUUCAUGCCUGCGUCCGCUAUCGCACUCGCUUGUAUUGUUGCGGCCGGCUUUCUCGGAAGUCGGUUCCCACGCCAUCGAAUUGUCAUUGCUAUUUUGUUCAUUCUACCCUCUUUGCUUGGAAACGUUCUCCUCUGGAAGAUGCGCCGAGAUAAUAAGUCUGGACUACUUGCGGGGCUUUAUAUUCAUUAUUCUCUUCUGGCAGCCAACAUCGCAGGACACUCUAAAAAGACAGUCGUAAUGGGCACAAUAACCGUCAUGGCUGCUCUUGGUGGGUUCAGCGGACCGUGGGCCUACCAGGGUAACCAGGCUGCUCAGGGCUACUUGGAUGGUCAGAUUUCAACCCUCUGUCUCUUUUGCGCAUCUAUUGCCGCUUAUAUCGCGCUUUGGUUCUACUACACAUAUACUAACGAGAAGAAAUCAGCGCGUGUAGAAAACGGGCCGAAUCAGGAUGCCGAUCCCAUGCUAGCAUUUAUGGAUUUGACGGACAAGGAGAAUCCCCAAUUCCAAUACACCCGCUAG